AUGACCAUUGCACUGCCCACAACCAGUUUCCACGACCUGGAUGAGUCCACGGACGCUACUCUUAUCACUGGUCUAAAGGACACCGAUAACAAUCCUCCUAUUGUGAACAACGCGCUCCAGCUCGUCCCUUUGAGUCUUGAAGAGAAUACUACUCUUGCAAGUGGUAAAGAGGCCAUUGCUCCUUCAAGCGACGAGGAGGGCGUUGUUCCAUCGAACGACGAGGAGGGCGCUGUUCCAUCGAACGACGAGGAAAGGGUUAUUCCUACUCUGAGGUUGUGUCCGGCUCGAGAAACCGUGCAUACCGCUCCUUCUUCUGGCACCGAAGUCUCGGCCAAUAAUGACUCCACUGGCGUCUCUCAGAAGCAAGACCUGUCUAUGGGUUCGAACCAGGCAUCCACAACUCAUACUAGCAAGACCAACAGCGACGUCAACACUGAGAUCAAACCGGAGGUUAAAGCCGACACCAACAUUGUAUCCAUUACUCGAGGCACCAACGAAAUCGUAACUAAGGCCCAUGCCGAGGCUAACACCGAUGCCGACGACAAGAUCGCUAACAAGAUUGGCGUUUCCUCCGCUGAUGAUGAAGAACCGCAGCAAGAACAGGUCGUUCCUGAUGCAGCAUCGACGGCCACCCUCGCUGACGAUGGCGAAGCUGCCGAGCACGGUACUGAUACCAUUCCUCGAGAGGAUCCAAGUGACACCAACAAACUAUCCAUCUCAAAGAGCGACUCAAGGACGGAUUUCACCUUUGUCGACAAGAACCCAUCGGCCAAAGGGAAGGAUAAAAUUACCACAGCACUAGCGACGCCGGAUGCAGGCCCUUCGGAUAAAGAUCGAGCGGCGCCUGUCCUGAUUGCUGCCAAUCCUCCGCCUGCAACUUCUGUUAAGCAACAUAAGAAAUCCCGGCGCAAGGUCAAGCUUCCUAUUCCAGAACCGGUACCUGAAUUGUCUUAUAAGAAGGCAGUAACGUCUUCUAGCAAGAAAUCAGCGACCAUUCCUUCAGACGAUGAAGACCCUUUGUCGUCCCCAGAUGUUUCGUGCGCAGAGCAAGAAUCAAGCGUAUCUACCGCUGCCACACGCAGGGAACCGGUGCGAAAGAUGGGGCACCGAGUCCGUCAUUUGAAGAAUCCGGAGGAUCUGGUUCCGUAUAUCAUUCGCAUCAAUGAGCACGGUCCACAGGGCUAUGUGGACAGCUCGGAUACCGGUUCCAGUAGUUCCAGGUCGACGAGGAGUCGUGCUAUAAAAUUCAAGCUCCAGGGUAAGGAUAUUACUUUGCUGAAAGAAGACGAAUUCGACGAACUGACGGAUGGUGUGAGCCAGCCCAUAAGGCAAGAAAUCCGAAAGACCAUCAUGGACUUCUGUAGAGACCUCAGUGCUGGCAAGUUCGAGAGUUGCCUCAAAGAUGGAUUCAUAUAUCUUAUGCCGUACGAAUACGAGGACCGUCCAAAAGACAUCGAGAAGAUCAUGAAGAUAGAUGUUUCCAGAUGUCAAGAUCAGGAUGUCAUCUCGGCAAUAAAAGUUGGCUCCAGCGGCAAUCCGGCUAAGCGCACCGUGAAUUACAGGUCUGCCCACUGCAGAGUGGAUACAGAAUGGAUGAGGGCUUUUCCUUCAUCUGACUGCAAGCGCGACGUGGGCACUAAGCCCAUAGUAUUCCUGAAUUUGUUGGAACGCAUUCUCCAUCGAUGGUUGAUCGGGCACCAAUACGACGUCAUCUGUUCAGAGCUCAAAAAGAGUCAGCAACGCCAAGGACAGAGACACAUUGAGAUAUUUUGGUUCCACCUCGGCCCUCAUAGAAUGACCCAUAGGGAGGCCUUUGACGAAACCUACAAUGCCUUGAAGCCUUUCAUCUUAAGCUGCUUGAAAGUCUUUAGAAAAUUAGAGCCUGUGCAUAAGCGUCUCCGCAGACACGCUAAGAAGGAGAGCGCUAAGAAAUAG